AUAUAUUAUUUCUUAUAAUUUAAAACCAAAAACUGCUUAAAUAACUUUAAAAAUCAAAGUACUUGGCCAACAAAGGGUUAACCUUAACAGCCGUUUUAACAGUGGCAUAGUCCACUGUUAAGUUAACAGUGGUGUCCUACUCCCGGUCGCUAAUGGCAUCUCUUUCGCACCACACGCUCAGUAGCUCCUUGGACGCGUGCUCGCCAAGUCCUGUGUGUGAUUUAGGAAGUUUUCGGUUUCGGUUUCAGAUUUCCAAUUUAGUUCUGGUUCGAACGCGCUUCCGACGAGUCAUCACGGGUUCGCAAAGCUUGCCAUAAAAACUUGAAAAAAAUAUAUAUAUAAAUAUAAUUAAAAACUAAUUACAAAAAAAAAAAAAAAUAAACAAUAAAAAAAAGUAAGAAGUUGAAGUGAACUGAGAAUUUCGAACCGUUGCACCACCCACCACCACCACCACUACCACCACCGCCCCACGCUCACCGCUCGCUCGCUCGCUCGCUCCGCUAGUCGCUAGUUCUACAGCUAGUUCACCGCUAAUGCCACCGCCCACCACCACCACUACAACAACAACAACAACAACUACUACUAGUACUAACUAAGACUAGAACAACAAAAAAAAAAAAUAAGAAUAUAAACUACUUGUACUAACCAUUACCAAUCACCACCACCACCAAUCACCACUAUCACCACCACUACUACUACUAUUACAAUUAAUACAAAAAACUAAACAGUUAGUAACUGUUAUUAGCACAAAAAAAAAUAAAAAUAAAUAAAGAGAAAAUAUAUUUAAAAAAAAAAAGCAAGAAAGGCAGAGAGGCCCAGAUUCCGUGUCCACUUGUCCAAAAUGUCGUCAGUUGAAAUGAAAUGUGAGCUGCACUUCAAAUCCUUAAUAGAUGUUUCGUUUUCGAACUAAAUAAUCUAAAGUAUAUACUAUAUAGUGCAUAUAUAGCAUCCCGUUAGAAACAUAUAUAGAAAGAAAAGUCAAAAAGUAGAGUACCCCAACCCCGAGUUUGUCUUGCCGUGUUUGUCACUUUUUUUUUUAGAUCCUAGAAAAAAAAAAAGAACUAAGUACACUCCAUAGAACAUAAUAUUACUACAACUACUGUACUCUCUCUCUCUUUCACUAUCUCUCCGUCUUACUCUGUCUGUCUUUCUUGUUCUUUCUAGUUAACUUUACUCACUCCGUUAACCAACACUCCUCACCAAAAAAAUAAGAAACUUUCCCACUCAAAAGUUUUGAACAUAAAGUUCUCAAGAUUGGCUGGAAAAAAAAUCCCCAAAAAUCCCACUACAAAAGUGUUUCUUGAAUGUAAAUAAGAUCCCAGCCCUCAAAAUACACUGACAGAAAAAAAUAAACCCACUCUUAUGCUUGCUUAUUAAAUGCAUGUUUCUAUCGAAACUAUCGAAAGUAUCGAUUAUUAUCGUUUUGUGAAUGCCACAGCUAAUACACUCUCUCACAAACACUCUCUCUGAGAAUCGGAUUGAUCGGUGGAUCAGAAAAAAAAAAAAAAAAAAACACUCAAUAUAUUUCCCGUUAGUCCAGUUAACAGUUACAUCAUUUCCGUUUCCGUUUCCGUUACGUUCCAUAGUUGCCCAGUUCGUUUUUCUUCGUUCCAUCGUUCCUUCGUUCGUUAGUUCUGUUUGUUACGAUUUUCGAAGCUAAAACAGAGCAAAAGAAACAACAAACAAACAAACAAACAACAACAAACAGCUACAAAACUUAAUUAACAUUUGAAUUAAAUCUCACAAAAAUCUAAACAAAAUCUUUAUAUAUAUUUAAGUAUAUAUAUAGAUAUGUAUAGUGUUUCUAAUCAUCAAUUCUUACUGUAAAAUUCUCUUCUAAAACUCAAAACUAAAACUAAAUAAAAAACAAAACACAAUUUACACAAAAAAAAAAAAAAAAAAAAAAAAAAUUAAAAAAAAAAAUAUUUAAAUCAAAAAUAAUCGAAUCGAACCCGCAGGCACAGUCGAAAAUAUCACUGACCAUCAAGCAUAUGAGCUUGUGGCUAAAGGUGUCUACGGCAUCGACUUGUUUCAUGUUGUAAUUCGAGGACUUUCGUUUAUUGGCAACAAUAAUGGUCAGCACAACAUUGACAACACUGGCUGCUGGACAAACAACUAGUAGCAGUAAUCAUCAUCAUCAUCAUCAUCACAAUCACAAUCAGCAGCAGCAGCAGCAGCAACAGCAGCAGCAGCAGUUGCAGUUGCAACAGUCGCAACAGCAACAGCAACAGCAACAGCAUCAGUAUCAGAGGUUGCAACCUCAAGCAACUGCCGCAGCAGCAACAGCAACAGCAACUGGAACUCGCAACAGCAAUUUUUAUGCGUUAAACGGCGAUAUCCAGCAGCAACACGAUUGCGACAACAGCAACAGCAACAGCAACAGCAACAGUACAGGGUAUCAGCAACCCUUGAACCUGUCGCAGGCAUUGCUGUCGCCAUCGCCGCCUCUAAACGAUCAAAUAAGUUUGCUUUUUCCCAAGUGCCGGCCCAAGCAACAGCAGCAACAUCAGCAACAUCAACAACAGCAGCAACAGCAGCUUAAAGAGAAGCAACAACAGCAGCACCAACAGUUGCAACAUCAACAGCAGCAACAGCAACAGCAACAUCCUCAUCAGCGACAUGAACUCUUGGCUGACUUGAAUCUCAAUAAAGGUGAAAGGAGCAACAGUAAUAGUCCCAUUUUGGGGAGCGGAGCUGGUGCUGCUGCUGCUUCUGCUGGCAAUACUACACCGCCUUUGGCCACGCCCACAACGACAACGAGUUACUACAAGAGUGUCAACAUAAUAACCCAGUCACCGCCACCACAUUCCGCAUCAUCGCACUCCUCCGAGUCGCUGUCAUCGGUGACGCCACGCAUUUCCACCAAUCCCUUCCUCUGCAAUCCGCCGGAGUCACCGGAAAAGGGCGGAGUUCAGGAAGAGGAUCCAGACCACGAGCAGGAUCAGGAGCAGGAUCAGAAACAGGCCGAGGCAGCGGACUAUCCGGCCUCCUUCUACUAUCAUACGGUGCAACAGGAGAGCAACAGCAGCAGCAGCAACAGGAUGCCACGAAAGCGCAACGGGGCCAUCCCCGCCAGCAGCAACAGGCAGCAGUUGCACAAUGGAAAUGGGGCAGGAUCGGGUGGCAGUCAGAAUCCAUUCAUCAAAGAGAACUAUUGGGAGGCAGCAACUGUGCCACCGACGAGGGCAAGCUCCAUGUUGCACUCGCCCACCGAAGAGGGACACCAGCAGCAGCAGCAGCAGCAGCAGCAACAGUUGCAUGCCUCAUCGCGAAGGGCUUACCACCAACAGAGGGAACGGGAGCAGGUCUAUGGCCUCAGUCAGCGCUCCCAGCAGCAGCAGCAGCAGCAACAGCAGCAACAGCCACACAUCCUGCGGGUGGGUCGAAGUCCUGUGAACCGCAAUUUCCCCCAACAACAACAACAACAACAGCAGCAACAGCAACAGCAACAAGUUGCAAGUAACAGCAGCAAUCCCUGUGCCGAUGGCCUAACUCCUUUGGCGAGUCACUAUCUCUAUGGAAGCAAGUCCUCCCUGGACCAGCAUGGAGGUGUUUCCGGUGACUGGGAAUCCCGAGAGCAGCGCAAGAUGCGUCUUCGCGAGGAGAGAGAAAGAGAAAGGGAGAGGGAGAGGGAGAGGGAGAGGGAGAGGGAGAGAGAAAGAGAGAGGGAGCAACUGUUGCUGGAACAGCAACAACAGUUGCAAUUGCAGGAAAUAAAUGCGGCCAGGGACACUUUACUAAGCCAAUUGGCGGGGCAGCAACAGCAAAGGAAGCGCCACGGACAUCCCGAUGACAGAGAAAGAGAAAGGGAUAGAGAGAGAGAAAGAGAAAGAGAACGCGAUCAUCGGAUGGUAAAUGGAGGAGAUCCCAACGAGAGCUGGCAACAUCUUCGUGUCACAACCGAGAAUCCAAUGACCGAUGAGGCCACCAAGCUGACGGAAAAGUCCCAGACUCUGGGCCAGGUCCAGGUCCAGAGCCAGAACCAAGUCCAGAGCCAGGAGGGCAGUAGUCUCUAUCGGGAUGCCUGGCAAUUGGAGCGAAAUUACACGCUGGCCGUGGAAUCGCGACAUGGCAUUAUAGAAUAUGAAGGCUCGCCGAGACGCAUUGGAGUUGCCACCAAUAGCAUGGGAGCCAUGGCAGCAGCGGCAGCAGCAGCAGCAGCAGCAGCAGCAGCGGCGGCCACAGCGGACGAAAGUGAACCACCAGCAGCAGCAGCAGCAGCGGCAGCAUCUGUAGCUGCAACACAGCAACAUCUGCAGCAGCAGCAGCAACAGCAACAGCAACAGCAGCAACAACAGUUGCCGAUGGCGACCGUGACACCUCUCAGCAACACGGCGACUUCCCUUCAAAAGACAGCGGCUCGGGCUGCCUUGGCCGCUCUGGCUCAGACCCAGGGUCAUCCACAGCAUCCACAGCACCCCCAGCACCAUCCACACAGCAACCACAGUCAUCCACAUGCGGCCCAAGGUCACAGCAUCACGUUCGGCAACCAGGCACCCCAGCAGCAACCCUUGCAGGCAUAUCCCGUGCGUCCUGGCUUCCCACAGAGGAUUAUAUCGCCACCACAUCGUGAGAUGCGCAGCACAUCCCCUCCCCCACAACAGCAACAGCAGCAGCAACAGCAACAACAGUUGCAACAAUUGCAACAGCAACACUUUAGCAGUUUGAUGAGCAACCACAACAGCAGCAACAAGCAGCAGCCACAGCAACUGCAGCAGCAACAGCAACUGCAACAGCAGCAACUGCAACUGCAGCAACAACAACUGCAGCAACAGCAACAGUUGCAACAACAACAACAACAGCUAAGCAGCGACAACAACGCCGAGGAUACCAGCAAUGAUGUUUCAGAGAUCGGAACCAUUUCAGAUCUCACCACUCCCGAGGCAGUGGCCGCUGUAGUUCAUGCCACAAGUGGCACAUCCGAGGCGGCCAGUAGGGCGGCCACUCCCCCUCAAGUGGUAGGCCCCAGCCAGGGUGCUGGUCAGGGCACUAGCAAUGGCAUCGGAUCGGGUGGCCUGGGACCACUUAGCUUACACACCAAGUCCUCCACUUUCGACUAUCUGUACGAGUUCUCGGAGACGCGCAAGGUCCUGGAGGAGUUCUUCAAGUGCCCCUCCACCGACGAGCAGCCGAUCAUGGAGAAUGGCAGCGAUGUGGACAGUAUUGACAUCCAGUACGAGUUCCAUAGCAACUUUGAGCGGGACGAGGAGGAUCUGGCCGAGGAGGAGGAGGCCGAGGACGAGGACGAGGCCGACGAGGAUGCCGAUGAGGAGAACGAUGAGGCCGAGGACGAUGACGAUGGCCUGGAUCAGGAUCAUCUGGAGCAGAACUAUCGCCACCAGCAGCAACAGCAACAGGUGCAACAUCAGCAGCAGCAGCAGUUGCAACUGCAACAAGUGCCCUCCAGUGGUGGUGGCACCACCGAGCGCCAUGUCUACGGCGGCUAUGGGCAGCCCCAGACGCAACCGCAGCCACAUGUGGGCGUGGCCCGGCGCCACUAUAGCGGCAGUCCGCUGAUGCGGGACUUUGAUUUCUUCCUGGACUCGGCCAGUCGGAGCAGCGGCGAGCGCGAUGGAGAUCCCAAUCAGCUCCUGAGCACCGGCAGCGGCCAGGGCGGCCUGGGUGGGGGAGUGGGCGUGGUCUCGGGCGGGGGACACAACUAUCGUUACUCCCCGGAGACCACCGAUUAUGAUUCUAAUUGCGGGGACUUGGAUAGUCUCUCUGGGGAAAUGAAUGGAGGAGUUUCCACUUCCUGUUCCAACUACGCCAAGUACUAUGCUUCGGCCAUGCCUGUCCUGGAGGAUGGCCUCUCCUCCGGCCAUACCAGCGACACCGAGAACAACAACAACAAGAACCUGCAACAGCAGCAACAGCAACAGCAACAGCAGCAAUGUCCGACUAGCCUGAGUGGCAGCACCAGUAUCGGUGGCAGUGGCGGCAUCUCCAUGCUGAUGAACAUGAAACGGAUCUCCACCAACAAUAGCCUGAACAGUAUGCACAACCUGACAGCCUCCACCACGGACAGUAAUGGUGGUGGUGGUGGUCAUCUGAUCGGGGUCACCACACCGAGUCCCAGCAACGGACUAACGAAGCCGCCACAGUCGCAGCCACCUCUCCUGGGCCAGAGUCCCAGUAACCACAGUAAAGUGUUCAAGAACAUUGAUCCGGAAUUGGAUUCCCUCUACUCCAUUAGUGUUUUCCAUCGACCGGAUACGGUGCAGAUGACCCCGCCACCGCCAGCCCCGGCACCACAUCGCAAGCCCACGGCCGGUGGCGCCACCACACCGAACAACAAUUGCGGCAACGAUGUGGAUCUCCUGCAGCCGAGCAGCAAGCACACUCCACUGGCGGCGGCCAUCAGCAGCACCUUGCAACGCAGCUCCCCCACCGGUAACGGAGGAGGAAAGCCACGCAGCGCCGGCAGCAAUUGCAGCAGCAGUGGCGGUGGCGGUGGCAAUGGAAGUGGCAUGCCACCACCCAUACCCGAACGUAGCAACCUCCAGAUCGCCACCAGUCAGCGCUCUCCAUCGCCCCAGGGACUCAGUUCACCCGUCUGGCUGUCCAGGCACUUGGAACAGGGCGGCAAUGUCGGCGGUGGUGGUGGUGGGUCUGUGGUGGAUCAUUCGAAUCACUCGAAGAGCCACAGUGCCGAUGAGGAGGAUGUGGACACCGAUUUGGAGACGGAUCGUCUGCUGGGCCACCAGCGACUGGACGAUCAGGGCUACUACGACGAGAACAAGAGCUGGGAGAGCCGGAAGCCGAGGUCGCUGCUCUCGAAGAUCUCCCCGAAGCAGCCCAGCACCAAGACCAGGAACGGCUACAAUGCCCUGUUGAGUUCCACGCCGGAGUUGCCGCCACCGCCGCCGAUACCGCCCAAGAGUCAGGGUCUCGGCCUCGGCUCCCUAGUGGGCAGCGGUAAUGGCGGGAAGCUAUUGGACCUGGUGGGUGGAAUGGUGCAGAGGAGCCUGUCCAGGAGCUCCUCGUCGGAGCACAGCGAAAAGUCGCCGACAAAGAUGCCGAGUUCGGAUGUGUGUGCCGGCGCUGGAGUGGAUGUGGUGGCCUCUGCAGUGGCAGCUGUGGCGGCAGCCGGUUCUCCAGAUAGUCCCGGCAAUGGUGGUGGCUCCGAGCGAUCCAAUGGUGGAGGAGGAGGAGGAGGUGGCUCUGGGAGUGGAACUGGGAAUCAAGCUCAAAAUGAAAAUGCCAGCAAUGGUGGUGGCGGGAGUCUUGGUCUUUUGGCUAAUGGUGUGGCCACAACAACAACAACAGCAACAACUACCAACAACAAUAACAACAACAACAAUACAACUAACACCACCACCAACAACAACAACAACAACACCAGUGGAGGUGGCAGCAACAGCGGCAGUGGCAGCGGCAGCGGCAGCGGCGAGAAAAAAGUGAAAAAGAGUAAGAGCAAAGAAGGCGGUGCAGUGCUCAUCGAGGGCGUACUCUUCCGGGCCAAGUACCUGGGCUCCACGCAGCUGGUCUGCGAAGGUCAGCCCACCAAGUCGACGCGGAUGAUGCAGGCCGAGGAAGCCGUCUCCAGGAUCAAGGCCUUGGCACCCGAUGGCGAUGUCCAGCCCAGCACCGAAGUGGAUUUAUUUAUUUCAACGGAAAAGAUAAUGGUGUUGAACACCGAUCUGAAGGAGAUAAUGAUGGACCAUGCCCUCCGCACCAUAUCCUAUAUAGCCGAUAUCGGGGAUCUGGUCGUAUUGAUGGCACGCCGCCGCUUCGUCCCCCAGGACAUCGAUGAUGCCCCCAAACCGAAUCGCACUCCCAAAAUGAUCUGCCAUGUCUUCGAAAGCGACGAAGCCCAGUUCAUAGCCCAGUCGAUUGGUCAGGCCUUCCAGGUGGCCUACAUGGAGUUCCUCAAGGCCAAUGGGAUUGAGGAUCAUCGGUUUGUCAAGGAGAUGGACUACCAGGAGGUCCUCAACAGCCAGGAGAUCUUUGGCGAUGAACUCGAGAUCUUUGCCAAGAAGGAGCUACAAAAGGAGGUAGUUGUUCCAAAGUCCAAGGGUGAAAUCCUUGGUGUUGUCAUCGUGGAGUCCGGCUGGGGCAGUAUGCUACCCACAGUGGUGAUUGCCAAUCUAAUGUCCAGUGGAGCUGCGGCAAGAUGUGGUCAGUUGAAUAUCGGGGAUCAGUUGAUAGCCAUCAAUGGACUGAGUCUCGUGGGACUGCCGCUCUCCACCUGCCAGACGUACAUCAAGAACACCAAGAACCAGACGGUGGUGAAGUUCACGGUGGUGCCAUGUGCUCCAGUCGUGGAGGUGAAGAUCAAACGGCCGGAGACCAAGUAUCAACUGGGAUUCAGUGUCCAAAAUGGAGUGAUCUGCAGUCUGUUGAGGGGCGGGAUUGCCGAGCGAGGUGGCGUCCGUGUGGGUCACCGGAUCAUCGAGAUCAAUAACCAAAGUGUGGUGGCAGUGCCCCACGAGAAGAUAGUCAACUUGCUGGCCACAUCCGUGGGGGAGAUACUCAUGAAGACGAUGCCCACGUCCAUGUUCCGGCUGCUCACCGGCCAGGAGAAUCCCAUUUAUAUUUAAGCCCAGGGCCAGGAUAAUAAACGGCUCUCUAUUGUUAACUAUAGAACAGAAAGAUAUAUUACGAUAUUUAGUAUAUAUAUUUAAUGAAAAAAAAAAAAAAGAGAAACAAACAUACCCAUACGUAUAGAAAGAGAAAGCAACAUAGAAAGAGAAAGAGAUAGAGAGAGAGUAUAUAAUAUAUAUAAAUGAAUGUAUAUGCGUGUAUAGGUUUAGGAGGAUAUGAUUUAGCUUACCUAUAUAUAUUAUAUAUUAUAUAAACUAUAUACUAUAUACUACAUAUAUAUAUAUUCAUAUUUUUUUUUUUGUGAGGCGAGAAACUAAAAAAAAAAACUAAAAAAAAGGCACAAGGCACGCCAGCUUAGUAAUAAUAGUUAAUAAAAAAGAAAAAGGUGUAAGGACAUGGAUACAUAUAUAUUAUAUAUCAUAUAUAUAUAUAUAAACACGAUGACCUUUUUGCGAAAAACGUCCUUAGCUUAGUUGAAAGGCGAGAGAGUCGAAUUAGUCGAAGGAUUUCAAAAAAAAAAUUCAAAUCCAAAAAAAAAAUAAUAAUGCUUUCAAAAAACAAAAUACUUAUUGUAAAAAAAAAAAAACAAAAUAAGAGAAAAGACAGGCAGCUCUUUUGAUAUAACCAAACUCACUAUAUAGCACUCGAUAUCGGGCAUAUAUAUAUAUAUAUAUAUUUAUAUAUAAACUUGGAAAAGCUUAAGAAGAGAAUACUAAUAGUGAAAAUGCAGUGUUUCGUUUUCUACUCGCACACAUAGCCGAGAAAAUUUUGAUAGUUGUAUAACCUAUAUUAUAUAUAUAUAUAUAUACACACACACACCCACACACACACCCACUCAUUUCCCGAUUUGAGGAUAUAGUUUAGAAAAGAAACCAGAAAAAAAACACUCACACUUACUUAGACGCUUCGAUUUCAACCAUCUUCGUCCAAAAAUUGUGCUACUACUCGUUAAACAAGUUGAUAGAUAUAGAAGAGAUAGAGAGAGAGAGAUGGCCAGUGAGCCGGAGAAAGAGAUAGCAGAUCCCCCCAAAGAAAGAAACAGCCAUAGAGACAGAGAUAUAGUUAACCCCAAAAAAACAAGGAUAUAUAUAGAAAAUAAAAUAAAAUAAAAGAAAAGCUUGCAGAAACAGUAAAUUAUAGGAUUGCAUUACCGUUAGAUCUGGAGAUCUGGAGAGACAGAGAUAGAGAAA